AGCUCUCAAAGCAGCGCGAGGCGAAGCGUCCUGGUGCAGCUGCAGAGCAGAAGAUAAGAGUUGUGAAUAUACUUGAAAAUCCUACAAGCAAGAAAAGUGAAUUGAAACUGAAGAGAAGCAAACAAAAAUGCGGAACUCCUGAAAUCCUGAGAAUUACUAGAGAUAACACAAUGACAAACUAGAAAUACAAUCAAAAAUGAAUGUUGAAAAUUUUGAGGAAAAGGAUUUGCAGCCUCCUUUAAUCAUCAGGGAUGAAAAUGGCAAUAAAUGUUUAUGCAAUGCUACUCCACCAACCCCUCUGAAUGGAAGCACUGCCACCCGCCACCACCAAGAGGUGGAACAUGAAGACUAUAUAAAACUUAAGGCUACAAAUGAAAUAAAAAACACUUCUUCAAAUGCUCAGUACACUGAAGCACAAGACCUGCAGAAGGCUGUCAGUGACUAUAUCUGCAUGGGAACUUCAGAUGUGGAAGCCACGCAUGCCCUGUCUUCAAAGGAACAAUUCUACACGUAUGCCUUGAAUCAGACUUUUCCGGAACCAGAGGGCCUUCUCAAAGAGAGUCCUGCAAUAAAGAGAAAUUGGAAUUGCAGUACUGAGGAAUCGGUGCCUUAUUGCCAGGCAGACCUGUAUUCAGUGCCUCUUGCUGCUAUGGAACUAAACACAAAUACUGAAAUUCACAAUGAGUCAGGUUGUGCUCAAAUGGAACAGGAAGGUGCUAGCUCAAGUGAAUCUUUCAUUACAAUUAUCAACCUGGGUGAUGCUGUGGGAAGUAAGUGUUAUGAGGUGGGGUGUGUCCCGGUUUCUUCUAGGGAAACUUGCAAAACUGUUGCUUGUGCUCACCAUGCUGCUUCCCCUAAGCUAGAUGCCUUCAGCAGCCCAAAUAGGACCGACAUUGUACACCUAGAUAGGGGAGAGCUACCUCCAGCUCUUUCACUGGCAGGAGAUGCUGUCACCAAUUAUAUUGACUUGGUAUCGCAGAAUAGCGAACAGUACGAAACGCAAGGAAAGCAGCGUGUUGAAUGGGGUGAUCUUCACUGUAGGGGCUCACCAGAAGUGGAACCAUUUAAUGCUUACAAAGAUGAGAAUAAGAAAUAUAUGCAUAGCACACCUGAGAAUGACAAUAAAUGCCCCGAUGAAUCUGGAAUAGAUGAGACUGUCAGCGGCUUGGGUCCUCUAGAAAUUCCGAGUUUUGAUGAGCAUGUGGAACAGGAGUUUCACAAAAAUGGGGAGAACUUGACCAAUGUACAAACUAUCUCUAGAAGAGACCAGGCUUUGCUAGAUGAACAUGAUAAAGCAUGUGCGAUGAUGCAAAAUGAUAUGCCAAAGCUGGAAAGGGCUGCUGUGCCUGAGCCUAAUUGCCAGGCAACCUUUGUGGUUUUCAGUUCCACAAGUGAUGACCACAACUUGACUUCUCCUCUUACAACAGGGUCCAAAAAUGCAACCUUUGCUGUGUUUGCCAUGCCAGAAGAAGUUGGUGAUGGAAUCUCUAAACUUGGAAAGAAUAUUCCUUUUGUAAAAGAGCACCCCAGGGGCACUUCCCUCAGAAAUAAUCCUGAACGAAUUACAAUUAAAUCCACAAACAAAUCUCCUUUUGCAGCAACCAUAACCAAAGCUAGGAAAGCAGAGAUAGUGAGCUUUCCGAAACCAAACUUCAAAAACAUCAAGCCAAAAGUUAUGUCCAGGCCAGCAUCACAGUCAAAGGAGAGUGCUGCCUUAAAAGCAGCUCAAAGAUCUCCUCAGCUGUCUACUGCUUCCUCAUCCUCCCCAUCUUCCUCCCCAAGACAGCCAUCUUCAAUUGCAGCCUUGAGGAAAAAAACUGACUUGGAUAAAAGUACAAAAGCAGAAACGCCAAUGAAUAAGACCUAUAAGCAGUAUUUUAAUAAACACCUUCCUAGCCAAACUGUACAUGCUGCAACUCAUUCUGAAAAUGUUUCCCACAAGGUUCCAAAAACAACAGCAUCAAAGCAGAAUGUGGAACAGGUUGGCAAAGCUAGGUGUCCUAGUUCAACAUGCUCCCCCAUGGCUGCAGCGUGCUCCCUGAAUUCAGGCGGGACACUGAGUGACAACAUGGAAAGUGCAGGGUCCUGGGUACAGCCUUGUACUUUGAAUAGCUUUCAGAGAUCUCCGGAGCAGCAGCAGCAGCAGCAGAAUGACUGUCUGGGAAUUCCAGGAGAAAGGUCUGCCCAGGAUGCUGCAAAUGAAGCUUUUGGACUUGCACGUUUUUCUUCGGUUUCUUUGCCUAAAGCAGAGGCAGCACAAGGGCAAAGUUUUCCUAAGGACAGUCUCAUUGCUCCACGGACUAUAACAGCAUCCAAGACUGUAUUCCGCUUCAGGAGAGGAAGUGAGAGUAAAAAUGUUCACACAACCAAAGCUGCUUCUCCUCAAAGAGCAUUUCUGUCAUCAAAUUCUGGAGUAGAAAAAAAUUCUCCCAGGGGAAGGCUUGCUUCUCAGAAAACCACACCAGAAUUUUGGACCAGUUCUGGUAAAUCAGUUCCCAGAUCAAAAGUGCCCAUCAAAGGACCAGGAUUUCGGAGAACUUCUAGCAUCUCUUCAGUCAGCAGCACUCAGAGUGACCAAAGUACUUGCAGCAAUCAUUCUACAAGUGCUACAAUUAUCAUCAAGAAUGGAGAGUGGCCUUCCAAGUCUUCUUGUCAAAAUGGUGCUGCUGGAUCCAUCUCUUUGAAGCCUGUGCCCAGGCCAAGAGUGCUUUCCCUCAAAAACACCCCAAAAGGAGCAAAAAGCAAGUUAGCCUCAGUGAACCAAUGUGUGCCAAAAUCAGCUGGGCCAAUUCUUCCAGGGAGGAAAACAAGUGAGCCAAGAGGGAGUCAGCGAUUGGGGCUUUCAGGACAAAAUGGACCCCGAAGUGUAUUGUCGACAUUCAGUUCUGUUGACAAGGGUAAACAGAAGAGUCCUAAGAACUCAUGUAUACAAACCCAGGCUUCGACCGAAGUGCAUUCAACAGAAGCAAAAACACAUGAGCUGACACACUACAAAGGAAAAUGUGAAAACCAAAGUGGAAUUAUCCAACAAUUGAAGAAAUGCUUGGCAAGCACUAAUAAGAAAUUUGAAGCAUUAGCUCUUGUGAUCCAACACUUGCAAUCUGAGAGGGAGGAAGUACUAAAACAGCGUAAAGAGUUAUCACUAGAACUUCUCAAUCUUCGUGGAGAGUUGGUAACCAGUUCUGCAGCCUGUGAGAAAUUGGAGAAAGAUAGAAAUGAACUACAAGCAGCUUAUGAAGGGUUUGUACAGAAGCUGAACCAGCAGCACCAAAGUGAUUUAUCGGAACUGGAAGAGAGGCUGAAGCAGUUCUACACAACAGAAUGUGAAAAAUUACAGAGCAUUUGUAUUGAAGAAGCUGGAAAAUAUAAAGCACAGCUCCAGGAGCAAGUUGACAACUUGAAUAUCACACAUGAAAAUUUUAAGCUAGAACUUGAAACCAGUCAUACAGAAAAGAUAGAUGAGCUGAAGAAAGAGUAUGAAUCAUCUUUUUCAGAACUCAAGAAUAUCCAUGAUUCAGAAAGGAAAACGCUUGAAGAAUCUUUCCACGAGAAACAAGAAGAGCUAGAGAGAAAAAUUGCUGAAUUACAGAGUGAAAAUGAUUCUUUUAAUGAAAAGCUUAAGUUGGAAGAGCAAAAACGAAUAGCCAAAGAAAAAGCAAAUCUUAAAAACCCUCAGAUUAUGUAUCUGGAACAAGAACUGGAAAGUUUGAAAGCAGUAUUGGAGAUCAAGAAUGAGAAACUACAUCAGCAAGAUGUCAAACUGUUGAAGAUGGAAAAACUGGUGGAGAACAACAACACCUUAGUGGAGAAAAUGAGAAAACUUCAGCAGGAGAAUGAAGAAUUAAAAGCCCGGAUGGACAAACACAUGGAGCUCUCCAGGCAACUUUCUACUGAGCAGGCAGUUUUACAAGAGUCUCUAGACAAAGAAUCAAAGGUAAAUAAACGCCUGUCAAUGGAAAAUGAAGAACUUCUGUGGAAGCUUCACAACGGAGACCUGUGCAGUCCCAAAAAACUAUCCCCUAGUACUCCACCGAUGCCUUUUCAGUCCCCAAGGAAUUCCAGCUCCUUCUCCAGCCCAACUGUGUCGCCUAGAUGACACCACUGUGAAGAGAGACUCUCUGUGCAGGCAUUUCAUUCAUGCUGUGCUGAACGGAAAACACAGAUCGAGGGAGCAAAGAGCUAUAUUAGCUGCAUGUGACUGAAAUGUAACUGGAAAACUACUGUUGUGAGAAAUAACUAUAACAAACUGAAAGUUCAGGAGCAGGAUUCAAAACAGCACUCCUCCAAGAAGACUUCAGUAAUAACUUCUCUGAACAUUGUUGCACAAAGCACUUAAAAGAGCAAGGAAAGUCUUGUUCGGUUUUGCCUUUUUCACCUAACUCUAGGGAAAAAAAUGCUCAGGGGCUUAUAAAUAAAAGAUCACAACCUUUAAUACGUUCCUUAUUAUAGACACCUUCUUGUGACUCUGGGUGUGGCGUGAAUGAAUUGGAUGUAGCACGCAGAGUGUGUAUCUGAUGCCGCCGCCUUCACCAUGUAUAUUAUAAAGGACGAAAGCUGAAGAAUAUAGUGACACGUACUUCAUAAAUAAAAUAUUGUCAUUAUGCAUGUUUUUAUCAAAGAUUUCCCCCUACACUUGGGAUAAGGAAAAGCUGCCACUUGUGCUAUAUGUUCUUCCUUAUCGCUCUACUUCAGUUUAGUAAAAAGAUAAAAGGAGAUGCUAUUUCUGUUUGAUUUUUGUCAUUGUCUGCCUACUUCACAAUGGAAUUUAUAAUGAGAUCAUCUCUUAAAACAUAGUAUAUUCAAAAUAUUUUAGGCUGCCCCGUUUAUUAGCGCCCCCCCCCAGCUACAGUCCUUUCCCCUUUUUAUUUUAAAAUAAAUUUGGUAGAAAAUUCAGACAUGCACCCCCCCUCAGUGCCAACAGCUAUAGAUGGCAGCUUCAGAAACAAGGGGAGGAUUUUACCCAAGAUUGCAAGUUUUCAGAGGGAAAGAAAAACAUGUAGAUACUAUUAUUCUAAAAGAGCAAGAGGUUUAUAACUCUUCCGAUUGCUUUUUUCCCUUCUUCCUUGCAUUGUGAAGAACAAAUAUUCUGAAUUGAUAACUCCUCAAUGUGCACUUUAACCAGUAAAUGCUAGAAGGAGAAAUCCAUAUGUAGUUCAUAUGUAACAGAUUCAUCCACACUUUCCAAUUGGCUGCAGGACUGCAUCCUCAGUUUCGUUAGGCUUCUGGCUUUCUCUUACGUCCUUGAAUCAGCAAAUCAAAAUGUGAACGUUUUGCUGAAUUGAUAUGUAGAAGACAUUCAUGUCACGGAUAACGUUUAAUACUGCAUUACAAAUUUAAAGACGACAUAGUGCAUGUCUGCUCUUGUUAAUGACCUAUUCAACAUUUAUUUUUGAGAUUAGAUAUGUCUUGUAAGUACAAAUGCACUCUUUAUUAUGGUUAAAUAUUGUCUCUGCUUUCAGAUAUAUGGAACUGAUCAGUGCUAUGGCUUGGUGUGUAGUCAUCACUGCUACAUCCCAGAAUGUUCUGGUACUACCUUUGCUGUUGAAUAGCCAACUUGAUAGUUGAAGGCUGAUGAAAUCAUACUGUUAUUUUUGCAGCAAAGAUCUUGAGAACCAUCAGAUAUCACUGCCCCUUCCAAAAACUGAAAGGGGAGUCUUAGGGGAAAAGGGGGGGGAAACAAAUUGUAAACUACGGAAACAAAAUGUCAAACCAGACUUUUUGAUUAAGAUGCAAACAUGUUGGCUCUGAAGCAGGAAGGUUUUAGUUGUUCUGUAAUUAUGGAAGUAUAUUAUACUCUAUAAUAUGAAAAAUUCAAGACUGAAAUAUUUUAAUUUUUCACUGUAUAAAGCGUGCCUCCCCGUGGAACAUUUUACUUGCCCUUACCCAUUUAUGGCACUAUACACGCCACUGUAGCUAGAGAUGUCAGCACUUCUAAAUAAACUGUUGUCCAGAGAUUGAUUUAUAUAACCAUGAAAAUCCGCUGUAGGCUGAAACUUGGCUUGAAAGUAUAUCUUGGAACAACUUAUUUCUUUGGCAAGGUCAUAUUUGAUCAUAUGUACUGAGUGUUGAAAAUUUAAAUAAAUUUUUUUUACUGGU